AUGUCGAGGCGCGGCCCCUGGACAAAUCGCGAAGAUGAGAUGUUGAAGGAGAUCGUCGAACAGCAAGGCGCCUUGAACUGGGUCAAAAUUGCGCAGCGCGUUCAAACAAGGUCGCCAAAGCAGUGUAGGGAGCGCUAUCAUCAGAACCUAAAGCCCGGCCUCAACCAUAGCCCUAUUACACCUGAAGAGGGUAUUUUAAUAGAGAAUUUGGUCCGCUCCAAGGGGAAACGUUGGGCUGAGAUUGCCAGAGCUCUCAACAAUCGAAGCGACAAUGCGGUCAAGAACUGGUGGAACGGCGGUAUGAACCGCCGGCAGCGUCUGAUGCGUAGAGCAGCUGAAAACCACUACGCUAGGGUUCAUGGUCAAAAUACCCACGACGAGUCUACGCCGGAACUAUCGCAGGUUCCAGCAUCAUACCACCGCCACGACACACAUCACCUUCACUCACGCUCGGGCUACUCGAGCGGCUCACUCUACGGACACCACGAAUACCACGAGCAUCACGGACAGCACGGACAGCACGGACAGCACGGACAUCACAGGCACCAUGAAUAUGAACAGCAUGCAAUUAUCAAUGAGGCCACUAACUUAUCGCGCCCGGCCUCUGCUUCUCCUUAUCCUUCUACUUAUCGUUCUGUAGAUCCUUCUACAUACGGUCCAACCUCACCAUAUAACUACCAAAGUCGCCGUGCCAGUUCAUGGGAAAACUACUCCGAGUUCUCGGGGCUCCCAUCGCCUUCCGCGUCUUCGACAUCCCCUAUUGAGCUUCCAGAGUCAUCUACUCCUUUUCCUUGGAUGUCGGAUCAUAGCUUGCCGUACCGCGAUAUACACGCUUCUAGCCACUCCCGAGAGACUCUCCCCGUACUACCUCCAUUACGGGUUAGGGAUUCGUCCUCGCCGUCGCAUGAGAUUCAAGCACCGAAUCCCAGUCACGACUCGCAGCCAGCAAGGGAGGCUGUUCGUCUAAACCGGGUACAGCUACCGCAUAUUAAUGAAUGCUUCCCGGGAAGCUAUGACUUACAUGGUCGACGGCGCACGGCACCUGACACACCGCCACGUCAUCCGGCACGACGCCCGGAACGACAUAAUUCGGGCUCGGGAUCUCCAUCCUCACAGCGCGUAUCACCACGCUUACAGCGCCGAUCUCCAUUAUUACAACGCAGAUCUCCACACCUACAGCGUCGAUCCCCGCCAUCACAGCUUAAAGACAAACACCGCGCCGUGGACCCUAGGAUGGAUUUAAACUUCCUGACUCAUUAA